AUGGCAGGGACUCCCAGAUCAACCGGCUGCGAGGCCUGCAAACAGAAGCGCAUCAGAUGCGACAAGAAGUGGCCAACUUGCUCGCGCUGCAAACAACUCAACAGAGUCUGUCCAGGCCCAUCCGCCCUCAUCAAGUUCGUUGACAAUGGCCGCAGCCGACGAAGCUCACCGCCAGGCGCGCGCGUGCGGUCUGCCGCCAGGACGAAGCAGGCUGACCAGGCCAAAUCGCUGGUCAUGGUAGACCGGAGCCCCUUAAAACCCUACGGUGGCGGGUGCGCUUCAUACGGUGCAUUCCGUCUCGAGGUCCCUCGCCCCAGGCUCACCACCACGGCCGACCGCGUGGGUGGUCGGCUCGUCGACCUGCUUGAGCAGGAUCCCAGCAGCGUCUUUGCCAGCCAGAUGAGGUAUCUGCCGUACAUCCCCCAGCGCCUCGCCCACAAUUUCUGCCUGCGAGAAUGCACGGCGCUCUUCUGCUUUGCGUGGCGCCAGUAUCGCUGCGGGCAACCGGCUGAGAAGCUGCUCGUGACCCGGCAGUACAGCAGGGCCAUCCACAGUCUACGCGACUCCCUACAUAGCAAUCAGCUGUAUACCCCGGAGAUGGUGUGUGCCAUGACCCUGAUGGAGCGUGUCAAGCAUUUCUUCAGCAUUGGCCUUGUUGAAAAUACACGCCAUUUCCGUGGAAUCCAGCAUGUCCUGCAACAGAAGGGCACGCCGAAUCCCGACGACGAUCUAGACCUUGCCUUGGCAUUUGAAUACAUUGGAAUUAUGCAACCGAGGAUACCGGGCAAGGGUCAAAACAGCUACGUCACAGAAUCACCUUGGAAGGAAAUUCUUCAGGACUUCGGACAGAAGAAGUUGGCCAAGAAUGACCAUAACUAUCUUUGGGUGGACCCCGUAGUUUACGACGAGUCCCUCGCCAGUCUUUCCGGUUGGAUCCAGGCUAUCAGACGAAUUCGUGCCAAUCCCGAUGAGAUGAAAGAAACGAAGGAUGCCCUUUAUGAUGAUAUUUCAAAGCAGCACAUCAAGCUGGCCAACUUGAUUACCAAGUCAAUAGAUACGGCGACCGACGUUACCUCAAUCAGAAAGAUAUCCGAUCCGGAGUUCUUCGUUGGAUGCAGAUAUGAAUUCGAGUCCAUCUUCGUGGCUCGGCAGUUCAUCGCCGGUCUAUCUCUUCGCAUGAGAUAUCUGAGGAUACUAUACGAUCUCAGCACGCUUUACGGGUCCCCCGAUGAAUCGAUCUAUUCCCAGUACCGGGCUGUUUGCCUGCAGCAGUGGAUGUGCAUCCCAUAUCUGUCCACCAUCGACCCGAUCUCGGCCCUGGAUCUGGCCGGGUCAAUUUCGACAUCGUUCGAGGCUGCAGACGAACUGGAAUUGGAUCUUCUGAUUGAGAAACUUCUAGGGGUCGAUAAUUAUUUCGAGAGGCUCCCGAGGGAGAAGGACACCCUGAAGACAACGUUAUUGAUAGAGGCUAAGCUUCUGACUGGCCGCAUAUGA